CCUCCCGUCCCUCUUACGCAUGCGCCCCACUCACUGCCUGUCCUGAACAGUGCUUUAAUCCCGCCCAGCCCUUCUGGCCCCGCCCCCUGCUCAGGAGUACGCUCGUCCUCAUUGGCAAGCUACGGACAGGAUGUCUGCCCGGUGGGGCAGGUGCUGAUAUUCACAAAGAUAACACAACCCACACAGAGACUGGCUUGCGUCUGGAGCCUGGGCCAAAUCCAGUUUGGCUCCCUAUUCCUUAGUCCAACACUGGGAUCCGCCUGUAGUCUCAAGCCUGGACUCGUAGCUGCGGGCCAGCGGGGCCACGCCUCCGCGCUGGGGCCCCGGGCCGGCCCUGGCCUGCCCUAGUUUCUAGGCGCCUAGGUCCUAGGAGCCUCGGGGAAGGCGCAGGCGCCUCACACGCCUUCCUAUCAGCCUCCUCUCCUCUCCUAAGCGGCCCCCGACCCCGCCGCCGCCCUGCAGGGUGCAUGGGUGGGUGGGCUGAGGUGACCCGUCCAGAGCCCAGCUCCCGCAGGGGCUGUUAGUGGCGGUAACCCGGUUCCUGCCCAGAUGGCGGGCAGAGCCGAGCCUCCAGAUGGCGGCUGGGGAUGGAUGGUGGUCCUCUCGGCGUUCUUCCAGUCCGCGCUGGUGUUUGGGGUGCUGCGUUCUUUUGGUGUCUUCUUCGUGGAGUUUGUCGUGGCGUUUGAGGAGCAGUCAGCGCGUGUUUCCUGGAUUGCCUCCAUAGGAAUUGCUGUGCAGCAGUUUGGGAGUCCAAUAGGUAGUGCCCUGAGCACGAAGUUUGGGCCCAGGCCUGUGGUGAUGACUGGGGGCAUCUUGGCUGCGCUGGGGAUGCUGCUGGCUUCAUUUGCUACCUCCUUGACCCACCUAUACCUGAGUAUUGGGCUGCUCUCAGGCUCUGGCUGGGCCUUGACCUUCACUCCGACCCUGGCAUGUCUGUCCUGUUACUUCUCCCGCCGUCGAUGCCUGGCCAUGGGGCUGGCACUAACAGGAGUGGGCCUCUCCUCUUUUGCAUUUGCUCCCCUCUUCCAGUGGCUGCUCAACCACUAUGCCUGGCGGGGGGCCCUACUGAUGGUGUCUGCCCUCUCCUGCCACAUUGUAGCCUGUGGUGCUCUCCUUCGCCCACUCUCCCUGGCUGAGGACACUGCUAUGGGUGGCCCUGGGGCCCAGCUAACCUCCCUCCUUCAUCAUGGCCCCUUCCUCCGUUAUACUGUUGCCCUCACCCUGAUCAACACUGGCUACUUCAUUCCCUAUGUCCACCUGGUGGCCCAUCUCCAGGACCUGGGUUGGGACUCACUGUCUGCUGCCUUCCUACUCUCGGUGGCUGCUAUUUCUGAUCUUGUAGGGCGUGUGGCCUCUGGUUGGAUGGGAGAUGCAGUCCCAGGGCCUGUGGCACGACUUCUGAUGCUCUGGACCACCCUGACUGGAGUGUCACUAGCCCUUUUCCCUAUGGCUCAGGCUCCCACAGCCUUGGUGGUUCUGGCUGUGGCCUACGGCUUUACAUCAGGGGCCCUGACCCCAGUGGCCCUCUCCGUGCUACCUGAACUGGUGGGGACUGGAAGGAUUUACUGUGGCCUCGGACUGUUGCAGAUGGUAGAGAGCAUUGGAGGACUGCUGGGGGCUCCUCUGUCAGGGUACCUCCGAGAUGUGACAGGCAACUACACAGCUUCUUUUGUGGUGGCUGGGGCCUUCCUUCUUGCAGGAAGUGGAAUUCUCGUUACCCUGCCCCACUUCUUCUCCUGCUUCUCAGCUCCUACCUCCAGGCCCCAGGAUCUUAUAAUAGAGGCACUAGAUACCAAAGUCUCCCUGCCCAGGGAGGAGGGGUUGGGAGAGGACUAAACUCCACCAAGAGGCAUUCAGUCCCCCAAAACCAGAGCUUGACAGCUCCAGGUCCUUCUCCUGCCUUAACAAGGCAUCCAUAGAAACAAAGUGCCUUAAGAUUCUUGAUCUGCCUUGCCCAGACCAGGCCUGGGGCUCCUGUGAUAUGUGUGCCAACCCUUUGUAUUUUGUUGAGGACUCUCAUGUUUUUCCUCCUUUGCUUUCCCAAUCUUUUCUGAAGGAUCCCGGAGGUCCUGCUCUACUGAGCUGUGAAUCAACUGUGAGAAUCAAAGAGACUUUUUGUUUUACAUG